GAAAAUAGCCUUUCAGGAAUCCCGCUGACGCUGAUCAGAACGGCUGAAACCUGAAGCUGUUACCCCAACUGUGAUAGCGACUAAAACAGUCAGACAAUCAUUUCCUCUCUUUCCCAAAAUGAAAACUUUCGUCACUUCUCCCGAAAAAAAUGCUUUCAAAUCCACGGAAACUUCAAUGUUCUCCCGCCAUGGCUUCUUUAUCGGCUGAAUCCUUGAGUUAUGGCGGGUGGUUCGAUUUUGAACCCGUUAGUUGGUGUGCUAAGUUGGUGAGUCAAUUCAGUUGCAUAAUUUCCUCGUUUCUAUCGGAAUUGAUUAUAGAAACGUUUUUAUUGGGGCUUGUUUGUGCCUUGGCGAUUUCUAGGGUUAGAGUCUCUACAAUUAUCGUAUUUUCAGCUUCUAUUUUGGUUUCUGGUAUUGGCUUUUCGUUUGGGUUUGUUUAAGGCGGGAGUUUCAAUGAGCUAAGUUCAAAUAAGAGAAGGUCAAAGCGGAAAUUUUUAAGAGUUUACAGUGAGAAAUUGAGGAAUUUAGUGGAUUUUUUUAUGGGUUUGAUGUUAAAGUUAAUAAUUUGAAGAAUAAUAUACGAAGAACUAUUGAUUCUAACAGAAUUAUUGUAGCUGAUGUGGAGAAUUCUGCUAGUUUAGUGGAAUCGAUGAGUUAAUGUUCAUGACGCUUCUAUGGAUGACGUGGGGAACUCUUAUAGAGAGAACCAGAAACCAUCAGGUAGAAAAAAGGAAGCUGGUGAAGUUGGGUUUGAGUUACAGUUUCUUGGGAGUUUGUUUGGUGAAAUAUCGGUGGCUUCAAAGCCUAAUAAAGUGAGAGAUGAUGUUAAGUCAGGUACUGUGCAUAUGAUUUAAAUAAUCAAAUUCGAGAUGUUCGAUUGCCUCUUGUUGAAGAUAGGGUUUUUAGUUCACCUAAUAACAGCAAACGAGUUUCAAAUUAAGGUUUUGCUCAAGAUUUUUUGAAUGUCUGAUUUGAAUCAAGAUAGAGAUAGGAGAAUAGAUAUUGAUUUAGAGAAUGGGAAAAUAAGGUUUGAUUUUCUGGGUGAAAGUGCUAAGAGAUUUGUUGAUAGCGAAGAGUUUAAUUACGGAGGUAACAGAUUGCAGUUUGUGAAUACUUAUGACAUCUCUUUCAACAGAAGUCCUGUGAAUGAGAGUAAAAGAUAGAAAUCCGAUGAUAAUCUGCUUGGUUCUGUGGAUUUCAGUGUCAGAUUGAAACAUAUGAAAACUGCAGCUUUAUUUGCACAUGAGCUGCUGCUUCAGGAAUCUAGUAGAUCUUACUGGUCUUCCUAAAGCCCCGUGAAGACUGAAAAUGAGGCAUAGGGAAAGAGGGAGUGUUAUAUGAAGAUGAUUCCUCCUAGCUGAUCACCUAUUUGCACAUGAGAAUGAGGUCAGUUCAUCAUCAUCAUCAUCAUCAUCAUCAUCAAAGUUUGCCAAUGAUUCAUUCUUCCAUAAGUAUCUUACGGAAGCUAGUGUUCUUCUUAAAGAAACCAAAGAGUGUAUGAGGGGUAGACAUGAUGAAGAGUAUGUAAAAGUCAUCUUGAAUAGGUCUGCCACGUUACUCUCACAGGCCAUAACAAUGAAGCCCAUGAGCCUGUUGGCUGUGGGCCAUUUAGGCAACACUUAUCUUCUUCACGGAGAAUUGAAACUACAUGUCAGUUGUGAGCUGAGAACUCUUCUUGCUAUAAAUAAUCCAAUAAUUGGUGAGAGGCCACAAGGAAGAGUAGUUAAUGGACUAGGUGAUCAAUUUUCCAGUAGGGCUAAAAUUUUAUCGCUCUUAGUUAGUGCUUGUGAAGAGUUUGAAGAGCUCCUUGCGAGGAGUGGCCAAAAAUAUCGGCUGGCAUUAUCAAUUGAUGGAGAUGAUGUGAGAUCCCUACAUAAUUGGGGCCUUGCUCUGUCUUUUCGUGCACAAUUGAUUGCAGACAUUGGACCAGAAGCAGCUUUUGAUGCUGACAAACCAUUCUUGGCUGCAAUUAAAAUUUGAUGCCAUGAUGACUAGAAGCAAUGUUCAUGCACCUGAUGAUAUGUCAAUGUCUAAGUUGUUUUGUUUCAGUCGAGAAGUGUGAUGUCACAUUGUCGAUACGAUAACUGAGUUAAACUCUAUAGACCAUUGACAAAUGAUUUAUGGCCUCCAACAAUUUAACUGAAACGUAACCACAAAAUAGAUUGUGCUCUGCAAUGUGCUAAUUAAAGUGAAGCUUUAUUAAGAAAACCAUUUAUGUCUUAUCUGUAGCUCCAAAUUGUAUUGAAAUGUAGAAGUCUCUAAAUCUUAGCACUUUGCUGUGUCUACAUGAUUAUGUGUUCUGUAAUUUUUUAGGAAUACCAGAAUAGAGCAUUCCUAUUUGCUGGAUGACAAGUAUAGUUUCC